CAGCUUUUAAUUUUCUUUUUUCAGAUGGUAUAAACGCUAGGCUAAGAUGGAUAAAAGACAUAAAGGUUUGAUCGACUCCAACCUGAGCAAGUUGGUUGGUUUGGUCAACUAUGACGAGAUUAAACCUCAUCUUCUUAAUCUCAGGAUAUUCCCGUCUACUCAGCUAAAACGGAUUGAGGAACGUUCCAACCCCUGCUUAGAAAUGUUCCUGGAGAUACAGAGGCGAGGUCCUACUGCGUUCCGUCGUCUUCUUUCCUGUCUCAACCUUGCUGGACAAUAUGAAGCCCUGGAUGUACUAAGUAAGGACGGAGAACUAAGUUUCCUUGAUAACUCCGUCCUACUGGAGAAAGCUCCGUUGAACCUACCAACCUUUACACAGACACUAGAUCUCACAGAUUCACCUAUACAACCAAACCAAAUCUCAAUUCUGCAAGCUACAGUGUUCCAUGAGGAGGAUAGGAUGACCUAUAAGAUGACCUCCUCACCCCGCGGGUUUGCUCUAAUAGUUGAUAACGAAGAAUAUGACACACUUCCUCCUAGGCGUGGUUCACAUGUAGACUCCGGUUGUUUAGCGCAGUUAUUUCAGCAGCUCGGAUUCUGGGUGAUUAUUAAGAGAAACCUUGGAAGGGCGAGCCUAGAGUAUGAAAUAACCAGCUUUGCCACAGAUAACUUCCAUGUGAACCUGGAUAUGGCUGUUGUAUGUAUACUCUCUCACGGAGAGAACGGGACGAUUGUUUGCAGGAACGGAGAGAAGGUUGAGGUGGAAUCCGUCCUUCAAAAAUUUAACAAUAUUGAAGCUCCGUCCUUGCGGGGUAAACCUAAAUAUUUCCUAAUUCAAUCUUGUCGCGGUCUCGAGGUAGAUCUAGGAGUACAAACCGAUGGUCCUGAACCAGGAGAGAAUAAUGUAGAUAUCAACGGUAUCCUGCUCAGUAACUUCUCCGCUCCUUCUCCCUUUAAUCUCUCCCGAAAUCCGUCCUACGAGGAUAUGAUUGUCUCUUACGCAACUAUUCCUGGGUUUGUUGCGUAUAGGAACAAUGUGAGAGGAUCAUGGUUCGUUCAAUCCUUGUGCAAGGUGUUCAUGGAGUACAGUCAUGUGGAGGAUCUGGUUAGUCUCCUCUACAGGGUUAGUCAGGAGCUAAAAACAUACUGUACUAUAAAGGGAGAGAAACAAAUAAAUGAAACCUUGCUGCGAGGUGUUUACAAAAAAGUGUUUUUCAACCCUGGUCUUGCGGAUCGAAACCGAGUUCUAAUGGUUGAGCGUGGUUCAGUGUCCUCAAUGUCUAGUAUGCAUAGAGCAGGAGAUGUAAACAACUCCCAGAGUAUGGAUCAAACCAGUUCUCAGGUUCAUACAGAGAUAUUUGAUCGAAUCUGGAGUCAGCAGGUUUAACCUGGAUUAUGUAAUCUAACCUACUCAGUUCUCAGGUUCAUACAGAGAUAUUUGAUCAGAUCUGGAGUCAGCAGGUUUAACCUGGAUUAUGUAAUCUAACCUACUAAGUACUCAGUACUCAGUACUCAAUACUUAUCACUUAAGUGUUAGAGUUACUUGUCAUCUUUUCUGGGGUGUUGGCGUAAGCCUGACGCCCAACCGCCAACCUGUAGGGUCAGGAACUGAUCUUCGCUAUUAAGCGCACUGGCUCCGAUAGACAGGGAUCGCAGCGGGAAAGCGCCAGUUAUUCGAUCCUUCUCUACUCCUCUCUACGAUUCUAGUAUCGAUGCAGACAUAAAGAGAGUAUUCCCGAUAAUGAAACGUAAAUAGAGAAUGAAUCGCAUCUGGUACUAAUAUAUCUAUAUUCGAUGCAUUUAUGAAUCCACUAUUUAGAAGCAUCGGAUCAGGAAUAAACCAAAUAAUUCAUCAUUUGAUAAAUGAAAUUUGUCUGAUACCGCCACAUCGCGCUUUUUUAUUUGACCCUUCAAAAAAUUUGAACUCCACGUGAUAAAAUUGAACUCCACGUGAUAAAUUUGAACUCCACGUGAUAAAUUUGAACUCCACGUGAUAAAUUUGAACUCUACGUGAUAAAUUUGAACUCCACGUGAUAAAUUUGAACUCCACGUGAUAAAUUUGAACUCCACGUAAUAAAUUUGAACUCCACGUGAUAAAAUUGGACUCCACGUGAUAAAUGUCCCAAAACCUUCCUACUAUUUGCAUUUUCCCAUGCUAUUUGAUAAAUCUUAAAUGUUCUUUAGCUGAAGCCUUAAUAUUUUUAAGCCUUUAGAGGGCCGGGUAUUUUAUUUUCUCCAUAAAUUAUCCCCCCUUUAAAAAAGAAAUGUUAAAGGUCACGUGUAAAAAGUUACGGCUAUGGUUCUCAUCGGGGGAGAUUUACAACCAACAAACGAAAGCAUAUCCCCCCCCCUAAUAAAAAAUCGCAAAGAUUCAGUCUCUCCUCCUCCCUCCCUUCCCCGAGUAAAUGUUUGUAAAAGCUCCCUGAUUAUAAAAAGCUGAACUAUUAUCACAACCAAUUUUCAUGUACAAUGGCAGCCCUUAUACUUAUCAUUUUUACAUAACUUACAAAACUAAAACAGUUUCUUUCAUUUCAAGUCUGAUAUUCAGUUUAUUGCUCAUUUGUUGAUCUCAGUUUUGUAAACCUCUUAUAUUUAAAAUACAUUGAAGAUUUUUCGCGGUUUUUUUUAUUUCACAUUCGGAAAUAUUUUUAAACAAAAUGUGUAGAAAAAUUAAAAAUUAUGCUUUUAAAUAGAUAUCCAAAACAAAAUACAACGUUUAUAAUUUGCUAGUUAGAUAAUAGUUACCUAUACGCUUAAAGAUGUGAUCAUGUGAAACUAUACUCUGUUCAACUUUAAUUUACAGAAUGUUCGUUAAAAAGAAAUUAAUUAACAAUGAAAUCUAUUUCAUUUUGUAAACAAUAUUUGUUUUUAAAAAUUCUAAACUUUUAGAUUUUAAGUUUUUCAAAUAGUCAGUUUAAGGGUUAUCAACUUUUAAGGUACGUGAUCGACAUUUUUUAAAAUUUAUUUGUUGUACAGGUUUUAAAUUUGGGUUCAUAGAUUUAGUACGAGGAAAGGAAGAUAUUCGAUUAAAUAGUCCAAGAUUGUACCCUAAGAAAAGGUCAAUUCAUAAAGUAGAAAAAACUAUUUGUUGACAAUAUUGUUAUAUCCCGUUUAUCUAGAAAAGGGAUAACAUAAAUAAAAAUGUACAUAUUUUAUAAAAAAAAUAUAGAUAUAUUGAAUAAUUGUGAUAAAGUUGUUGCAAUACAAAUAUAUUAUAUCCCUUGAGAAA